CCAUAUAGACUAUACUGAUAUUUAUAUUUAUAGACCCCCUAUAAUCUGGCCCUAAAUCCACUUGUCAAUGUUUUGUGAGUAGAUUUAAAUUCUCCAAUGUAGUCUACAUUUAUUUUGAUAUGGUUUGCACCCCAUGCAGAUGUCAUUGUCCUAUUCCUGAACAAAUGACCAAUGUCCUGCUUGCUCACCUCUUCCCACAAGAACAAAACAUUCAGUCACGCCGAACAUUUGCUGACCCAUGUGAUUGUUUCAGUGAAUGGAGUCGCUUAGUAGAACUGCUCACUCCCGGGCCGGUGUGUGCUAGCAAAAACAUUUGCAUGAACUCAAAUAGGAACAUGGCGAAUAAAUCGAUCUACGAUUUUUCUGCCGAGAAUCUUGACGGAAUGAUUGUGCCGCUGGGCGAUUUCCGGGGUAAGGUGCUUCUCGUUGUCAACGUGGCCACCUUCUGAGGGUCAACUAUAGAGGAGUACCAUCGACUUAAUGCACUCAUGGACAUGUUUGGUGACCUCAACUUCACCGUGCUGGCCUUCUCCUGCAACCAGUUCGGCCUUCAAUCGCCUGAGGUGAAUCAUGAAACAUUAAACCUCCUAAAGUAUGUGAGACCUGGAGGGGGAUUUGUGCCAAAGUUUCCCAUAUUUGGUAAGGUGGAGGUGAAUGGAGUCAAUGAGGAACCGCUGUUCUCCUACCUUAAGGAAUCAUUGCCCUUUGUGAAUCCUGUCAUUGGGGACAUAAAGAAGUUCUACUGGUCACCAAUCACGGUCAAUGAUAUCCGAUGGAAUUUUGAAAAGUUUCUAAUCACUGCUGACGGCAAGCCUUUCAACAGAUAUGAACUUCAUUGUCCCAUUGACAAAGUUGAGAUGGACAUCGCCGAGCUUCUCUAACCGACCCUUGUCAGUCUAUCAGCGGUGGCAGCGUGACGAUCCCUCGGUAAAUGUACAUUUGUGCCCCUGAGUUGGAUCUGAUGAUGAGUAGGAACAGGUCUCAGAACUAGAGUGCAUUCACUUUGGGAACAAAUUCCUCUCCACCACCAAUAAAAGACUAUUAAAUAUGAA